GCACAGCAUUCCGCAUCACACAUUACAUCACCGACAGAGCCAUACACGGCCAGCUGAGCUGACCGAGGCUAUGGCUAUGAGAGUUGGCUGCAUCGGAGUCUGCUGAUCGACACACCGGUACACCGGUACAGUGGUGGUGGUACAGUGGUACAGAGAGCACAGUGGGAUAAAAGACAUCGCCUCUCAAGCGCCGGUUCUUGUCCGGUUCUGCACAUACUCGCCCUUGUACUCGCAUACUCCAUUGUACCGCACUCGCACCGCUCGCGCUCGUUCCCACGUAAAAGAUGCUCUUCCACAUCCUCCUCCUCUUGCCGCUCGUUGUCGGCGUGCCCCUCGAUCCCAGGCAGGACCCGGCGGCGAACCCAGCGACGACGGACCAGCCCGCCGUCACAGCCCCGGACCCACCUGCAUCGACGCCUGUCGCCCCCCCCGCGGGGGACGCAACCAUGCCCCCUCCUCCUGCGACUUCCCCGCCGGCUAGUCCUCCGGCCGAGAGUCCGCCUGCGAGCCCGCCGGCUAGUCCUCCGGUUGAGAGUCCGCCUGCGAGCCCUCCUGCAAGCCCUCCUGCGAGCCCUCCUGCAAGCCCUCCUGCGAGCCCGCCUGCGAGCCCUCCAGCUAGUCCUCCGGCCAGCCCUCCUGCUAGUCCUCCGGCCAGCCCUCCUGCUAGUCCUCCGGCCAGCCCUCCUGCUAGUCCUCCGGCCAGCCCUCCCGCUAGCCCGCCCGCGAGUCCGCCUGCCAGCCCGCCCGCCAGCCCGCCCGCUAGCCCGCCCGCCAGCCCUCCCGUCAGCCCGCCUGGAACUCCCAGCCCCCCCGCGCCGACGUACCCAGCCAAGUUCAAGGGCACUACGCUGCACCCGCACGACAAGCACGGCAACAUUAUCAAGAAGAAGUGUCUCGACGUCCGUGGCCGUAUCUUCGCGAAUGGCACGCCUGUUCAGAUCUAUGACUGCAACGACACGCCGGCGCAGAAGUGGGACAUCAACCACGAAACGACGCAGGUGCGCGUCUCCGGCACCGACUACUGCCUUGACGCUGGUCUCGGCCCGUGGCACAACGGCCGCAAGAUGAAGAUCUGGAAGUGCUACGACAAGCUCCCGCAGCAGACGUUCUGGUACACGAACGACGGGCGUAUUGCCGUCAAAGACCUCGGCCUUUGCCUCGACAUGACGGACGGCGUGACCAAGAACUGGAGCGUCGUGCAGCUCUGGAAGUGCACCGACUGGAACACGAACCAGGACUGGUUCCCCGGCGCCCUUCUCAAGGGCGGCAAGGGCAAGGACAAGGGCAAGGACAAGCACCACUAGGUGCCGUGAGCCUUGGACAA